CGAAACAGAAACGAUGUGUCAGAGCAAAUAUACCUAUAUAAAGAUGUUAUCUCAAAUCAAAUCAUUGCUGACGACUGAAAGAUCAAGUCCUGAUAUUUUGAGAUGUCUUGUCAUUGUCGGACUGUUGUAUGCAUCCUCCUGAUGUGUAUGGUGUACCAGAGCUGCUCUUCCCCUCUUGGCCACAGAGGGUCCUUCUCCAAUUCACUGCGGCUAACACGCACUAUUCGCGCCCGUGUGCAACAGCUGCUGUCUCGAUACAAACAACAGCUGUUUGGCGACGAGCACUUUGAAUUCAGAGAACGCAUGGUGCGCACACUACCUGCCGUCACUGUCAAUUACCGGACCUGGCUAUACAUGAAGGAAACUGAGCGUUUGCGUUUGGCCUCUCACCAUCUCCACACCUUCUGGACUCACCUGGAGUAUCAGCGGCAGCAGCUUGAGAGAGAGAGGGAUGAGACGAAAGACAGAAGACAGCAGAGAAGAGACAAGCGAGGAAGGCCCCAGCCCACCUUAUGUAGAAGUUUUAAGGGUCUACAAAUAGAUCUGUGGGACCUAAUGAAACAAGUCAACUCUCAGUUGAUCAGUUUGAGUAUCAGACAGGACCCUGAGUUUACAUCCACAAAAUCCCCAAUUCACUAUCCCCUGCACUCCACUCCAACUCUGAUUCCCAGCAUCCAUCAUUCCACAGCAAGCUCCACUCCAACCAUCAGUAAGAAGCUCCAGACUUUAUUUCACACUGACACUCCUCGCAGCUCCACACACUUCACCACAGAAUCAACCUCAACGUCCUCCAACAUGAAGCUUCCAUACCGAGGAUUGACUGCAAAGACAGAGAGAACCUCUGUGGGUGUCACAGUGACCCCUAGACCCCCAAAGCCCACUCAGGCAUCAACAGUCUCUCAUUCCAGGGGAAGCCUGCUGUCUGUGGACAACCAGCAGACAACAAAUCUUUCUUUAGGGUCAUCGCGAUGGGUUCAGCAUCUGAGAGGGUACAUUAUACUGAGAGAUCUAGAACGGUACUUGAGCAGAUUGGCACGAGAUUACACAGUGCUCCAAGCUAAAUACUGACAAACACACAUAAGCCGUUAAACAAUUAAGGAAACAACAACAAAAAAAGCAAAGACCUUGGGGAAAAAAGCAAAACCAAGUCUCACAUAACAGACAUGCACACUCACACAUAAUUGAAUACACUAACAUUCAUAUACACAAACAACUUCACAGUGUCACAGUUGUUGUUUACCUUGUUUAGAAACUGUUAUAUUUAUUAGAAUAAUUUAUGAUCUUUAUGUUUACUUCAUCAAGGCCAAUGAGAGGUACAUACCUUGAGAAGAGUGAGAAAGUUUUACCUUUAGAUGUGAUUUUAUUUAGUAUUUUAUAUUUCAUAUUUCAUAAGCAUAUCCAUGUACUGGAAAUGACUCAGUAUGUGAGAAUAUGAGCAGGCAGCUAGAACUUUUAUUUCAAAGAUACCAAGAACAAAUUCAAAGAAUUUAUAGAAUUUGUAUGCAGUAUUCUUAUAUAGAAACAAUCAAAUUCUCUCUUAAGAUCCUUUUUGGAUUUUUUUUAUUUAACUGUAAGUUAUCAUUAUUGCCAAAGCACUAUUACUUGACCAAUAAUAUAUGUCUUCUUUUUUAUAUAAAAUUAUUGGGUGAAUAGGAUUAAUAUAUAUAUAUAUAUAUAUAUGUCAUUCAUUAAUGAGGCUUUGUUUGAAAUUUUAAGCACUUUAAACAGUACAGAUAUUUUUCACAAAAACAACAGCAAAAAAGUUAGUCAGCCAUUCUCGAAAAUAAAAAUUCCCCAAACACCCCACUUCCCUCCACCACUGAUAAUCAGCCAAUCAGAGGAAAGAAUAAGAGAUUAACUUUAUAUCCCCUUUUUUGUUGUCUUCCCCAGUACUUUCCACCUCUUCUUAUUUAUUAAAAUAUUUAUUUUAUUUAUGUGAAAUGUGUGGCAAGUUUUUUUCAUGCAAUAUUUAUUUUUUUAUAAACAAUUAAAGACAAUGCAAAAAUAUUACAGUAUGUUUUGUACAAUCUGUAUCACGAGCACUGAAUAAAAGUACUGAGAAGCAGUUGCAGUGUGUGUGUGUGUGUGUGUGUAUAUGACAAAGUUAUUUCAGACAACAAAGUUAAACCAAGAACACACUUGACUAGACUAGUGUCUAGUCAAUAUUUUAGAGAGAACAUUAAACAAAACAACAACCUUUCUGCACAACAGGCCUUCAUAAUGCUCAUUGGUUAUUGCAUUCAAUACUGAAUAUCGAAAGUCUUUAUUUUAUAUAUAUAUAUAAAAUUCAAAAAUGCUUAAAAAAUUGGAGGGUUGAAACUUUUUAAUAGAUUGUGGUGCUAUUUGUGGA